AAUAGGAGAAAAAGUAGACUAUCUAAAGCAAAUUAAAGUUGCCACUGUGUUAAACAAAAGAAACUUUUACCUACUACUUAAACAUCCUUUCUUUCUCUUAAUUCUUCAUACCCUUUCCUAAUUUCCUUUUUAUUCUCAUUCCAACAUACCGCCAUUUCCUUACUUUCUUCUUCUUCCUUUUCAUUUCCUAUUUCCUCGAAAAUGAUUAAAGCAGGAGGGGUCUUCGUUUGUCUGUUAAUCGUUGCCAUGGAUGUGGCUGCAGGGAUUCUGGCCAUCCAAGCUGAAGUUGCACAAAACAAGGUUAACCAUAUGCGACUGUGGAUAUUCGAGUGUAGAGACCCAAGCCACGAUGCUUUCAUGCUAGGGUUAAUUGCAGGAGUACUUCUGGUUUUAGCUCAUGUAAUUUCUACUUUACUUGGUGGGUGCUUGUGCAUUUGUUCUCAAGAUGAGUUUGCAAAAGCUUCCCCUAACAGGCAACUCUCCUUGGUGUGCCUCCUCUUCUCUUGGAUCAUAUUAGCCGUUGGAUUGUCAGUGCUGGUAAUCGGAACAAUGUCAAACAACAGAUCAAGAGCUUCCUGUGGGUUCACACAUCAUCAUUUUCUAUCAAUUGGAGGGAUUCUGUGUUUUGUUCAUGGGUUAUUCUGUGUUGCAUAUUAUGUUUCUUCUACUGCUGCUACUCAAGAUGAAAAGUAUGGAGGCCAUGCUUAACCUUAUUGCCUAAAUCUAGAGUUUGCUGUUUUCAACUUUACUAAUCAAUCGUUUUCUUGUUACCUCAUCACACUUCCACAAAAUAUGUAAUGUAUAUUUUCGUGGCGUCUACCAUGAUCGAUGGCAUGUGGGACAAACUGAUGAUAUUGUAUUAUUGUUAAUAUGUUCCCUUUAUUCGGCGGAAUUAUUAAAUUAUUUUAACCAAUGCUUUAUAAAUUUAAUUUUUUGAGCA